ACAACAAGUUUUAGCAGGGAGAAAGAUAAAAAAUGGGAUCAGUUUGGGUUAGUUAUGCACCGGCGAAGAAGGACUUGGACGCCGACAGAACUCCGGCCGGACCGGGAGUCGGCGAUGGCGAUGGAUCCCAUACUCAUGCUGUCGACAAGCGGCAACUGCUGCCGGUAAAUGAAGAUUUGGUACUUCAACGCUCGAGAACCCCGACUCCGUCGUCGAUCGGUGACGGCGACGGAGCUCAUCAUUAUGCAAUCGACGAGAGCCAACUGCCAGAGGAUGGAGCAUCGAGAUCCGAGGGCUCAGGAGCUCUGACUAAGCCACCAAUCAAUGACGGUGGUGGAGCUCAUCAUAAUGCAAUCGACGAGAGCCAACCGCCGGCGGAUGGAGCGUCUAGAUCCGAUCUCUCAGGAGCUCCGACUACGCCACCUAUCAAUGAGAACCAAUCGCCAACGGAUGAAGCCUCGAGAUCCGAGCUCAUAGGAACUCCGACUAAACCACCGACCAAAGACGGCGGUGGAGCUAGUCAUAAUGCCAUAAACGAGAGCCAAAAACCCGCGGAUGAAGCCUUGAGAUCCAAACACUCGAGAACGCCGACUUCACCGCCGCCCAAAGACGGAAGUGGAGCACAUCAUCAUGCAAAUAACAACAGCCAGUCUCCGACGAAUGGAGUCUUGAGAUCCAACCGCCCAAGAACUCCGCCUCCGCCGCCAAUCAAUGACGGCGGUGGAGCUCGUCAUCAUUGAUAUAUUGCAAGGAGGUGGAGAAUUUAAAAUAAGGUAAAAAGAAUAAAUGUAUAGUCAGUUUGUUAGAUGUAAUUUUAUUUUAUAUUAAAUGUCAAAGAAAUAUAUUUUUUUCUCUUCGUAGCUUAAGGUUUGUUUUUCCUAACAUUAUUAUAUUAUA